AUGGCCGGAACGGAUAGCGAAACGGGCGGUGCUGGUAACAGGGGUUUCGUCAGGAAUGUGGCGAAACAAGACCCACGAUUGCUCCUAGAAAAGCUUGACACGCCCACAUUGGUGGCUCCAGAACUCGAACUCGGCCCUAAGAACCGCGUAGGCGCGUACCUGAAAACACUCGAUAAGCUAUCCGACGCGCUGCGGUUCUUCGAAGCGCAUAAUUAUCUGGGCAGUUGCCGAUUGGAGCUGCGGCAGGGAAGGGCGCUGAUGGACGUUGCUGUGGCGCGACUGGGAGAGGAGUUUGGGGAGGUGCUGUGCGGUGGAAGGAUGGUCCGAGGGAGAGGAGACGGCUCUGCUUCUUUUGUUGAGUCUCUUCGAAACGCCUCCACCCCCGCCCCACCCGCCUCUCCACACCCGCCUCUCCAACCUACCCACAGCAUAACACCGGACCGAGGGUCAUUACUCAAAGCAGCCACAGGCAAGAUGUGUUUUGAGUCUCUCAAAAUGCGCCCCACCUCCCUCCCCACCCGUCUCUCCACCCCACCCGCCUCUUCCCACGCGCCUUUCCACCCAAGCCACAGCAUAACACCAGACCGAGGGUCAUUGCUCCAAUCAGCCGCAGGCAAGAUGCCGGGUGAGGUUGUGACGCCCGCACCUCCGCUAAGGCCUGAGGCUGUGACGCAGCUUCGGCCCAUGGCUGCUUGGAUGCUGAGCAAUGGAUACGAGUCUUCGUGCCUCUCGGUGUACGAGCAGUGCCGCGCGGCUGCUCUCCUGCAGUGCGUCACGCAGCUAAGCGGCAGCGCAGCAGCGUUGGGACCCGAUGAGGUGGCUGCGUUGUCCUGGGAGGAGCGAGAUCCCCUCUUGAAGCUAUGGGUGCUGCUUUUGGUUGGUCCAGAGACAGAGCUGUUCCGAGCCAUCAUCAACCUGAAUAAAGAGACAGAACCGUCGUCCAACAACGCUCGAGCGAGGUGCCUUGCAGGCGUGGUGCUGCCCUCGCUGACGCUGCUGCACUCCUCUGCCUGCGUGGUAGCGGGGUUGUGUUGGGAACCGCAGCACCUCUUCCCGCUGCUGCAUGUGGUGCAGGCACUGCUGACGCUGCAACCAGCGGUAGAAAAGCAAUUUCCGGGGGAGGCAGGACAGGAGGUGCGGCGUCUCUUUCUCCUCAUCUGCUCCUCCCUCUGCGCCGCCGUGCGGGAGCAUAGCAAGAGGGUUGUGAGGACCCUGUACCUAAGUUCGCUGCUGCUGGUGUAUGGAGGAGAAGAGGGAGACGAGGAGGUGGGGGCGGCACGGGUGGGAGCGGCACGGGUGGGGGUGGCAUCACGGCUGCUGCUGGCGGCUCUGAAGCCGAAUCUGGAGCGCAUGGGAGACGCGUUCUACUGGGGCUUACUUGUACCCUCUCAUCACAGUAGAUGGGAGGGGAACGAGGAGGUGGGAGUGGCACGAGUGGGGGUGGCAUCACGGCUGCUGCUGGCGGCUCUGAAGCCGAAUCUGGAGCGCAUGGGAGACGCGUUCUAUUGUGAUGAGGGCAUGCAAGCCUUCUUUCUCCUCAACAACUGUGCUUACAUGCUGCACAAGGUGGCAGAGCAUGACGAGGAGCACGUGAAGCAGGUCCUUGGGCAGGCUUGGCUGGACGAGGUUGCAAAGGAGCUGUUGAGACAUCGAGACACGUACAUUCGGUGCAUCAGAGACAAGGUGGCACCAGUGCUGUGGGGUCAUCAAGCGAACGCUCAAGCCUUCACGAAGCAGCUUCAGGCGUUUCACAGCCUGCUGGAUGCCGUUCAGAGGCAGCAGAGCAUGUGGAGCAUUGGGAAUGCCGAUGCGCGGGCAAGCGUGCGGGACGAGGUGGUUUUGCAGGUGCUUCAGCAAUACAGGGACUUUCUGGACCGGCACAGGUCUAUAGUGGAAAGCCGGGCCUGCAAGGUGCAGGUGCCAACAUGGCAGGAGAUGCAUGUUCACCUCACAGAGGUAUUCAACUUUGUUAAGAGGCAAGCACAAUGA